AUGUCAUUCCCGCAAAUAACUUCUUCUAUCUCUUCCAUCACUACUUCUUUACCAACACCGAUCUCAUCAUCAUCAUCUACUGUAUCAUCAUCAUCACCUUCUAAUAAUAAAUUAGUAUGUUCAAUAAGUUGUUAUAUAACAAUUGCAAUAAUUUUGGUUUUAUUAAUCGUUUGUUUAAUAUUAUUAAGAUUAUCAUAUAUUUAUUUACAUAAAAGAAGAAGAACUUCUAUUGUUGAUAUAGAAAGUAAUAAUAAUAAUAAUAAUAAUAAUAAUAAUAUUGAUGAUGAUGAUUAUGAUGAUAAUAAUAAUAAUAAUCAAAUAUUAUCUACGACAAGAUUGAAUAGUUUCGAGAUGUUUGAUACAAGUGAUACAUUGAUUAUACCACAAAAUGCCUUGAUUAGGAAUCGUCAUACCAUAUCAGUUAGGACUCAUACUAAUAAUACUUCAAGUAAUAAUCUUCAUUAUAGUUUAUUAAAAAGAGCAAAAACAACUUUAUCAAAUAUAAAUAUUAUUAUUCAUAAUAAUAAUAAUACUAAAUUAAGAAAUGAUUUCUUAAAAAAUUUUUUAUUAGAUAAAAAUAAUAAUAAUAAUAAUAAUAAUAAUAAUAAUAUUGAAAUUUUAGUAGAUAAAUUUCCUUUACCUCCUCCUCUUUCUUCUAAUCCUGUUGAUAAUAAUAAUAAAAAUGAUGAUGUUGAUUAUAUACUUGAUGAAAAUAUUAAAAAAUUUAAUAAACCUUGGGAAUUUGCUCCUGAAGUGGCUUCAAAAGAAAUGAAUACUAUUAAAGUGAUGAAUGGUGGUAGGAUCAUUGAUAUUAAUCCUAAAUCUUGGAGUAGCGUAGUAAAAGAUGCUUGUGUACAAUCAAAUUAUCCUUUUUAUGUUCCUUUACCACGAAAUAAUAAUGUUGAAGGAGAAACCAUAAAGAAUGAUGAAAAAGUUGACGAUUUAACCGAUGAGAAAGUCGAUGAUUUAAUCGAUGAGAAAAUUGAUGAUGUAAUCGAUAAGAAGAAAAUCGGAGAAUCUAUUAGUGAUAAAAUUAAAAAACAACUUCAAAAAAAGAAACGUUUACAACAAUUAAUUACACGUAAAAGUUCAAAGAUUGAAGAAACAAUAGAAGAAUAUAAAGAUGGUGAAGGUUUUAAUUAUUUUGAAAUUACUAUAUUGGAAAAAGAAGAUCCGAAUACGAAUAUUGUGAUUGGUGUCGCAACAAAACCUUUUCCUUGUUAUAGAUUGCCAGGUCAUACUGAAUAUUCAAUAGGUUAUCAUUCAAAUAACGGUCAAGUUUAUCAAAAUUCAAUGUAUAAUGGAUGGGAAUAUGGUCCAUCAUGGAAUAAUAUUCAUACUACUAUAGGUUGUGGUUAUAAACCACUUUCUGGUGAAAUUUAUUUUACGUUUAAUGGUUUCAUCUUGGGUACUUUAUUCACUACUGAAGUUGAAUAUGAUGCUUUAAAUGAAAAAAGAUAUUAUUUAUUCCCUUCUAUUGGUGCUAACGGUAAAUGUAAAAUCAGAGUUAAUUUCGGUGAAGAAAAAUUCGUUUAUAUAAACGAAGAAAAAUUAUUAAAGAAUAUUGAAAAAAGUAAUAAAAGUAAUGAGAAUAAUGAGAAUAAUGAAAGUAAUGAGAAUAAUGAGAAUAAUGAGAGUAAUGAGAGUCAUGAGAGUAACGAGAGUAAUGAAAGUAAUGAGAAUAAUGAGAGUAAUGAGAGUAAUGAAAGCAUUAAAAGUGAAAAUGAAAGUGUGAAUGGGAGUGAAAGUGAAAGUGAAAGUAAUUAUAGCGAUGAUGAAAAUAUAAUUUAUAUUAAAAAUUCAGUAAAUAAUGAUAAUAAUCCAUUAGGAAAAUGGAAAGAUGUUAGGUUAGAAAUAAAUGAAAAAGAAAGAGUUUGGUGGAACACUACUACUAAUGCUAUCGCAUCAUAG